ACUCUCCAGUCUAAUCUCGCGCAGUCACGAAUAUUUAUCCCACCAGCCGUGGAGGGCGGGUUUAGUCGCUGCGAGCAACGAUGAGCGUGACUGUAGUCCUCGGCGCCCAGUGGGGGGACGAGGGCAAGGGCAAGCUCGUCGAUAUCUUAUCGGCAGAGGUCGACGUCUGCGCGCGGUGUGCGGGCGGAAACAACGCGGGGCAUACCAUUGUCGUGCCCAUGGGCCCCGAGAAGCUGCGCACGACCUUUGCGUUCCAUCUCCUGCCUAGUGGACUGGUCAAUCCCAAGUGUACUGGGCUGAUCGGGAACGGUGUCGUUGUCCAUCUGCCGUCGUUCUUCGAGGAGUUGGAUGCAUUGGAGAAGCAAGGGCUGGACUGCACCGGCCGGCUCUUUGUCUCCGACCGCGCCCAUCUAGUGUUCGACUUCCACCAGAUCGUAGACGGUCUGAAGGAAGUCGAGCUUGGCGGCUCGAGCAUCGGGACGACGAAGAAGGGCAUCGGACCAGCGUACUCCGCCAAGGCGUCCAGGUCCGGCCUGCGCGUGCACCACCUGUUCGACCACGACACCUUUGCGCAGAAGUUCCGCAAGGUAGUCGAGGGGCGGUUCAAGCGCUACGGCCACUUUGAGUACGACACCGAGGGCGAGAUCCAGCGAUACAAGCAACUCGCUGAGCGGCUGAAGCCGUAUAUCAUCGACAGCGUUACCUUCAUCCACAAGGCCCUCGCGGACGGGAAGAAGGUGCUGGUCGAGGGCGCGAACGCGCUGAUGCUCGACCUCGACUUUGGCACGUACCCCUUCGUCACGUCCUCCUCGACGACCAUCGGCGGCGUCUGCACGGGCCUCGGGAUCCCGCCCAAGAAAAUCGGGCGGACCAUCGGCGUGAUCAAGGCGUACACGACGCGCGUGGGCGGGGGCCCGUUCCCCACGGAACAGCUGAACGACAUCGGCGUGCACCUCCAGGAAAUCGGGCGCGAGUUCGGGGUGACGACCGGCCGGCGCAGGCGCUGCGGGUGGCUCGACCUCGUGGUCAUGAAGCACUCGUGCCUCAUCAACGGCUACGAUUGUCUCAAUCUCACGAAGCUCGAUAUCCUCGACGACCUCAGUGAGAUCAAGGUUGCCGUCAAGUACUUGGUCGACGGCAGGGAGCUGCCAGGCUUCCCCGCGGAUCUCGAUGUCCUCUCGAGGGUGGAAGUCGUCUAUGUUACCCUGCCAGGAUGGAGACAGUCGAUUGCUUCGACUACUUCAUUCGACGAGCUGCCGGACAACUGUAAGAAGUACGUCGGCUUCAUCGAGUCCUUCUUGGACGUUCCGAUAGAAUGGAUUGGCGUUGGACCUGGUAGAGAAAGUAUGAUACAGAAGAAAGGGAAAGUAGUCAAUUAAAGUUGUACUCGUGUAUCGCCUGGGACUUGGAAUAAAGAGCGUGGAUGAAC